AUGGUGUCCGGCGGAACAAGUCAAUGUGCAGUAUACGAAACCAACGAAACCGAUGCAGAUGGUGUGGAUCUAGACAACACUUGCGAAGAUUUCAACCAACAGUGCGGUAGCCAGGAAUCGACAGGCAAUCUACAUGAAGAUCGGGACCUGUCAAGUGUAGACUCCGGUCUAGGCGGACCUCAAUUCAGUUCACUCAACAAACUAAUUUCGUACUACAAAGAUAAUCAGCUGCCUAUAGACUUAAAGUCUGGUGCAAUUCCUUUCACACCUAUACUGAAACCAACUUCAUCCGAAGAUAGUUCGGAUUGUGGGAUUCCCUCAAUAUCGACAACGAGGGGUCUUAGAUCAUCCGACUCAGACUUAUCAAUCAACCGCUGUCCUCCUGGUGGCACCUACAGAAGUCAGGGCAGUAAAAGUCUCUGCCGUCGUCCUGCUGUCAGAGUUUUCAACGAAGUCCGAAGCCUACACGAUUUAGCGGACAUUUCUCAUGCACAAUCUGUGAACGUGAAUGGAUUUCCGAGAAGAGAACUUUCCGUAAACUGUAUCUCUGAUGAGGUGGAUAAGAAUUUAAACACGGAGCCCACUGUGUUUCCACCAAGUUGUUCCGCUUUACAGAAUGGAGCACUUAAGCAACAGGGGGUCGGCAGACCAAAGAUAGACAGAAAGCAAAUUCGCUAUGUGGUCAUGAACGAGCAGCCGCCUCAAAUCAACUUCAAUAUCUCCGCCGAUGAUUUACUUUCGAAAGUCUCCUCAGAUUCACUCCAAAGUCCGCUCUCAUUGCGUCGCUCGAACCUUUAUAAUUCUGCCUACGGCGAUGUGCCGAUUGACACAGGAUCUCUUGCAAAUUCACACUUUCAGUAUGUUCAACCCGUUAAAUCGGGAGUCAAUUCUGCAAGUCUACCCUUUCUGACCGACGUCUACGUUGAUCCCAGCCUUUUUAACUUUGACGACACCAGUCAGGCCUACGCCUCUGUGCCCUCUGAAACCCUUCUUAAACCCUCUUCGUCGCCGUCGAGUGGAGCAUUCGCACGAAACAGCAGCAAGCCGCCGCUUCCCUCAACAAUUAGUCGACCAACCUCCACUGUGGCUCUGCAGUUGGAUGUUCUAUGUCAGGGGGAUCGUUUUUUAUCACUUUUUGUGGCUGCCUCUGUCGUUCUACAACCACAACUGGAAAUAGGAGCAAAGAUCCUUCUUCUAUGGUUACGCACCGUUAACUGUCUCCUCUCUGAAUAUAAGGACAAUCUGUCAUCAAAUGGCCUUCUACAUGGAAUAUUCUCGAGCCAGACCAAGGACUGCCAGAGCGGUGGCUUAAGUGGCACCCCACAGUUUCCUCCUCCACCACGUCUGUACUGA